GAAGCCUUUGUCUCGAACUCAGUGUGUCCUGUUCUCGUCUUCGUCAUGGAAUUUGUAGUGAAGCUGGUCGUGCUAUCCUCAGCAGCUGUGGGUUUAUCCUUGUCUCAGGUGGGCAAGGAGCCCUUCAAAAAGGCCGGAUUCAGAACGGGACACUUACGUCAAAAGCAGCUCGAUGCUCGCUUCAGCUCAGGCGACUUCAACCGAGGCUCGAUCGACAGCGACGGAUUCGGCUUCGGCUCGGAUAUCCAUGGCCAGUUUGGAGCAAAAUUGGUUCCUUUGGAGGCUGCAUCGCCCGUGAUUCCCAUUCUUUAUGAGGAUAAAAAAGGGCCUGAUGCCUCUGGAGUUUAUAGCUUUAGUUUCGAGAGCGCAGACGGAACUAGACGGCAGGAGUCUGGCCAACCAACUAGUCCUGACACAUUUUCUGUGCAGGGAUCCUAUUCGUAUAUCUCGCCCGAGGGACUUCCGUUCGAAGUCAGGUAUGUUGCAGAUGAAUUUGGCUUCCGAGCAGAGGGUGACCAUUUGCCAACACCCCCUCCGGCCCCACUUCACGCCCUCCAGCAGAUACAAGCAGCUGAGGAUGCCUUCUUGAGGAAAAGAAACGACCAGCAAAUCCAAAUACUCAACCCGGAUCCACUGCUUAACCUCAUCCCACCUAAAGUGAACUUCCAGCAAGUCCCACGAUUCCAGCAAAGGGGGAGAUCGUUGCAACAACAGACCGAUUUAGACUCUCAUCAUAAUUCCAGUCCAGAAAUCGACCAUCACGCAAAUGUCAGGAGCCACACGAAGUUCGAGCCCAAGAGGAUCGCUGGGUCUCCUUAGACCAGAGUUACCAUUUAGCAAAUGUUAGUAGAAGAGUCACAUCUGUUAAGUUGCAGUCUUUUCAGCACCAUUUAUUUUAUAUUUUUUUGGUAUUCAUGCAUCGUGAGUUAGCCAUGUUAUGCAUGUUGGCAAAAGUAGAUUUUCCUAUCAUCGUUCUCGUAUAACAAGUACAAUGCUUACACACUUCGUCUCAUAUGCGGGGGGCUCAUGUCCUAUUUCUCAUUAACAACGAAUCUUAUUCCUUCUAAAUAACAGCAAAGACGCUUCCCUGCUUAUCGAAGCAAUUUCGUUCUCCGUAAACGAAAAGUCAAAAUACUCUUUCGUAGACAAAGAAAUAAGGCAGAUUGGACGUUCCAUGCAAAGGCAGUAAACUAAUAAUUAAGUAUCACAUAAUGUUUGGAAAUGAAAUUUAAGAUAAAAUAAUUGUAAAUAGGGGCGAUAAUACUAAGACGAAAUCAAACUAGUAUCGUUUCAUUUAGCUGAUAUUGCUCUGAAAUAGAGCCGGUGUAGGUGAGAACUAAUACUCAUAAAAACGCGAAUGCAACUUUCAACGUGAAGACUAUUCUUAUUACCUAAAAAAAUCAACUACAGACGUUUGGAGACUAAAACCAAUAAAAUGACGGGACUGGAACUGGAAUGUACAAUUUAGGCCAAAGGUCAAACGCUUGAACCUAUGAGGUCAAUCAGCAAUGAAUGGGAAAUUGAGAGUACAACUGUUUGAAAGGUGUAACACGAGGAAAACCUCGCAGUUCCACUAUGGAACAAUUGUUAGGGGAGGGUGAAAAGUAAAAUGGUAGAGAGACAAUAUGAAUGGAGGUAUGAUAAAAGGAAUGAAGGGGGUUGCAGCUACGGCCCGAAGGGACGCUGCAAAAUGUUGCCAGGUUUGCACCACAUGAGGUACUAUGUAUGUAUACUUCUUUCCCACCGUUAUCCCUACAUGAAGGGGUCGGUUGCCUGAUCGCCUUCUCCACUACCUUCCUCACAACAUCAGGCAUGGUUUAUUUUUGGCAAAGGGGUUUUUACGACCGCAUGCCCUUGAUGUCGUCAACCACAGUUAUUGGCGGUGGGCCUCGCUUUUGACUAAAUAGUCCACCUGCAAGGCAGCAGUUUCGACAUUUAUUGGCGGUGGGCCUGACCUUUUACUCAAAAGUAAGACUGGAAGGCAGCAGCUUUCCUUUUUAGUCGCCUUUGACGACACGCAGGACCUACGGUGGUAGUAUUCUUUCACCGCUACCACAGGGUCACGGCACUACCCCACCAUGGAGGAUCAAAUUAUGUCUCAGUCAAUAUGCCUCUAUAGUGACUUAGAUUUUGCCAAGGAAGAUACUAUGUAUAUUUUCCUUCAUUAAAUCAUAAAUUAUA